AUGACGGACUGUAGCGCAGCCCACCAUGAACAAAUGCUCUCUGAGAUCUGGGAGAGCGCAGUUCCAGAGCAUCAGUGCGUGCUUAUCGAGGAAAUCAGCGCGGGUGCCCGGCGACUCGAGGGCCAAACGGUGGCAAAGUUCCUCGCAGAUCACGUCCCCGCGGUGACACUACGGCCGCCCCAUGGCCUUGUGCCCCAUGCGAGCGCACUGUCGCAGAGGAAGCGAGCGCCCGGGCACUUUGGCGUCCCUGUGGCGCCGCCGCUGACGCCGAUGACGCCAAUGACAGCCAUGGCCCGCGAGAUCUACGUCGUUCGUUUGGCCCAAGGUUUCAGGACUUGGCUUUCAGGUAAGCUCGGCGGUCUGGUGGUCGAGCCUCUGGGUACCAAUGUGAUCCAUGGGCGGCGCGUGCGGCCGGGGGGCCAGUCGCGAGGCGAGGUCGGGCAGGGCGGGCAGGGUGUCUCGCUGGCUGCUCGGAAGCACGGUGGCGUCGAGGCGCAGGUACGGAGUCGUAAUGGGCCGGAGGAGGACGUCCUGGACGAGAGAUCUGGCGUGCGGAAGCGGACACUGGUCCGCACGCUCGCGGACUCUGCCACACAUGAUGACGCUAAUGCCUUCGGAUCGCGAUCCGGAGGUCUGUCGGGCAUGAUGUGA